AUGGGUGUGUACGUGAUGAUUUUUAAGGCGGGAAUGAACACAAAGUACUUCGACCUCUGCGUCUCUGCUCUCAAAUCCGAUCCAAGAAGCUCAACUGCCGACGCGAAGGGCCUCGCCGGAAUCAUCGCCGGAAACGCCACAGCCACCGCCAACGCCACCGCCGCGUAUCUCUCCGGCCAACUCUACCGCUCUGUGAACGACACCGUUUUGAAGAAGGCCGUCAAAGAAUGUGGAGACAAGUACUCACUCGCCGCCGAUUCUCUCCGGCUCUGUGUUCAGGAUUUGGUCGAUGAGGAUUAUGACUACGCUUACAUUCACGUCACGGCUGCGGCGGAGUAUCCUAACAGCUGCCGGAAUAUUUUCCGGCGUAGCAAGGGCCUGGUUUAUCCGGCGGCUAUUCGCCGGAGAGAGGAGGAUCUGAAACGCAUUUGUGUCGUUGCGUCGGGCAUUAUUGAUAGUCUUGGUGAAUGAUUUUCCUCCUUUAUAUAACUUGUAAGCUUUAUGUUUUUAGUUUCAUUAUAAGUUUAAUUAGUUCCAAUAAGGUUUUUAUUUUAUAAUUUAAUCAUAAUUUUAUGAAUUUGAUUUUGGAAUUAAAAUCCGAAAUCGCCAUCCUCAGA